UUUUACUUCCUUGUACACACAGAUAGAGGAACUGACCGUUUUGCGGCUGGCCUUUUUGUCGACACUCUACAUCCUCUCCAGCUUCUUUCAUGACUUUCAAAUCAUGAUCAGAUAGAAAACAAGCGGCAACUUUGCAGAGCUGAAAAGAGUCGAACUCACUUGUAAGCUGCAGAGAUGGCUUCUCGGGGGCAGCAGGGCGAGAUGACGGAGUACAAGAAGAUUCUCAUCAAACGGGACUUGGAGAUGGGCGUGGUCAUGACAGUGUUUAGGCAGAAGGCGGAGCGACUCACUGUGCAGGUCAUCAUGGAGACCCGGCAGGUGGCAUGGACACGCACCGCUGACAAAACUGAUGGUGUCUUGGAUCUGUUUGAGAUCAGAGAGAUUCGACCAGGAAGGAACUCCAAGGACUUUGAGCGCUUUAAAGAUGGCAAAGACAAACACGAUGAAAAUAGCUGCUUCACAAUCUUCUAUGGCUCACUGUUUGUUCUCAACACUCUCAGUCUGGGAGCCGACUCUGUUGAAGAGGCACAGAAAUGGCUGAUAGGACUAGAAUUGCUGAGGAAGGAGACACUGGAAGCUCCAACUCCAGUUCUUGUAGAAAGUUGGCUGAGGAAGCAGAUGUAUUCUGUCAAUCAGACCAAAACAAACAGCAUCUCCAUGAAGGAGCUGAAGGCUCUGCUAGCUUUGCUCAACUACAAGGCACCCAGCUCUCGUGUUCUUAAAGACAAAUUCCUGGAAGUGGGAGCAAAGAAAGACCGCCUGGACUUUGAGCAGUUUCAUAAAUUGUACAAUCUUAUAAUGUUUGAACAGAAUGAGAUCCUUGAUGAGUUCAAAAAGGAGUCUUGUGCUUUCAUUCUGGGUAACACAGAUAAACCAGAUGCCUCAGCAGUUCUGCUCCAUGACUUCCAGCGAUUCCUUAUCUACCAGCAAAAGGAAUCUUGGGCCAGUGACCUGAACCAAGUCCGAGAACUGAUGACCACCUUCAUCGACGACACCAUGAGAAAAACAAACGAUCCAGAGUUCACAGUCAGUGAGUUUCUUAGUUUCCUGUUUUCCAAGGAGAACUCUAUAUGGGAUGAGAAGUACUCAGAGAUCAGCAACCUGGACAUGAACAAUCCUCUGUCCCAUUACUGGAUCAGCUCCUCACACAACACCUACCUGACAGGUGAUCAGCUUCGUAGUGAGUCUUCUACAGAGGCUUAUGUGCGCUGUCUGCGUCUGGGAUGCCGCUGUGUUGAAUUGGACUGCUGGGAAGGGCCUGGGGAGCCAAUCAUUUACCACGGCUGGACCCGGACGACCAAGAUCAAGUUUGAAGAUGUGGUCAAAGCCAUUAACAAUCACGCUUUUGUCACGUCAGAGUUCCCACUGAUCCUGUCCAUAGAGGAGCACUGCCCUUUAGAGCAGCAGCGUCAGAUGGCUCGUAUCUUCAAAGAAGUGUUUGGAGACAAACUGCUGACUGAACCUGUGGAGCAGAUGGCCGAGCAGCUACCGUCACCUACACAGCUGAAGAACAAGAUCAUACUCAAGCACAAGAAGCUUAAUGUGGAGGGAGGAGGACUCAGUAAAGACUUCAGAAAGGGACAGAAACAGGGAGAUCUGGAGAUCUGGGACCCUGUGGAUCAGCGGUGGAACAGGCACUACUGUGUGAUCUCUGAUGAUAAGCUGUACUAUGCAGAGGAGUAUGAGGAAGAAGAAGAAGAUCCCAGGAAGUACCAGGACAUGCACUGUUCAGAGCCUUGGUUUCACGGUCGCAUGAAUGAAGGCAGGCUGAUGGCCGAGCGGCUGAUCCAUGAUUACUGUGCAGAGACUGGGGGAAGAGACGGCACCUUCUUGGUUCGACAGAGUGAUACCUAUGUCACAGACUACACACUCUCCUUCUGGCGCAGUGGGAGGGUCCAGCACUGUCGUAUUCGCUCGGUCUCAGAGGGGGCACACACUUACUUCUACCUGAAUCCGAACCUGCAUUUCCCCAGCGUGUACGCCGUGAUCCAGCACUACAGAGAAAACCCGCUGCGCUGCCAAGACUUUGAGCUGCGCCUCACUGAUGCUGUACCACAGCCCAACCCUCAUCUACGAGAAGGGUGGUUCUACAGUAACCUGAGCAGAGGUCAGGCAGAAGAUUACCUGCUGAGGAUUCCUAGAGACGGAGCUUUCCUCAUCCGUCAGAGAGAAGGAGAAACAGACUCUUUCGCCAUUACAUUCAGAGGGGACGGUAAGGUGAAACACUGUCGGAUCCAGAAGGAGGGCAACAUGUAUCUGCUCGGCACCACGACAGAGUUUGAGAGCCUCGUGGAGCUGGUCAACUACUUCAGACAGAAGCCACUGUAUCGCAAGAUCAAGCUACGUUACCCAGUCACCCCCAAGCUGGUGGACCACUUCAGCACAGAGAAAGACUGUGCCUCUCUAUAUGAGGUGAAGACAUAUGUGGAGCCUAACGAGAUUGAGCCCUCACUGCCUCAAAGUACAGUUAAGACUAUAUACAGCUACCAGGCUGAAAGGCCAGAUGAGCUCAGCUUCAGUAAAGGAGCUUUGAUACACAAUGUGUCAAAGGAGAGUGACGGAUGGUGGAAAGGUGACUAUGGUGGAAAGUUGCAGCAGUACUUCCCGUCUAACUAUGUAGAGGAAGUUUCCAACAACACCAAACCUGAGACCAAAGGACAGGACAUGGAAGACAACCCACUGGGUGAACUAUGUAAGGGUAUUGUGGACAUCUCCAAGUUCAACAUCCAAAACUUGAAGAACGGUAAAAAUGGGAAGCCCAACGUGUUGACCUUGCAGGACGUGGAACAGGACAACCUGCAGUUUGACCUGGCUGCAGACUCUCUGGAGGAGCUAUUUGAAUGGUACCAAGUGGCCUGGGACAUCACUCAGAGAGAGAUGAGCAAACAGUAUAACAGGGAACAGGAGAUAAGACAGCAGGAGGAAGUGGAGAAGAAGGCAGAGGUUGCCAUGGAGAUGUCGGACCUGGUGGUCUACUGUCAGCCGCGCAGCAAGGAGAAGGACCGCUUUGACAGCUACAACUACAAAGAGAUCCGCUCUUUUGUGGAGAACAAGAUUCCAGGAAAGAGCCGCACCAAGGAAUUCCUGCAGUACAACCGCAAGUCUCUGAGUCGAAUCUACCCAAAAGGCCAGCGUGUGGAGUCCUCCAACUAUGACCCUUACCCACUGUGGGCUGUUGGGAGCCACAUGGUUGCACUUAACUUCCAGACUGCAGAUAAAUACACCCAGCUGAACAGUGCCCUCUUCAGUCUCAAUGGAGCUACGGGUUACGUUCUGCAGCCGGAGUUCAUGCGCUAUGAUAGCUACGACCCUCAGCAGGAGAAGAAGAAGGUCAAGUAUGAAAUUGCAGUUAGGGUGAUUGCGGCCAGACACCUUCCUAAACCCGGCCGCAGCAUCGCCAGUCCAUUCGUGGAGAUCGAGCUGUGUGGGCACACAGAUGCGAAGUUCAAGACCAUUGUCUAUCGUGAUAAUGGUCUGAACCCUGUAUGGAAAUGCUCAGCAGACUCUGUAGUCUUCACCGUGUAUGAGCCUGAACUCACCUUCCUUCGCUUUGUGGUCAACGAGGAGGACAUGUUCUCUGACCCCAACUUCCUGGCUCAGGCCACAUUUCCUGUCAAAGGCAUACGCUCAGGUUACCGCUCUGUACCGCUAAAGAACGGCUACAGCGAAAACUUAGAGUUGGCUUCUCUGCUGGUCUACAUCAAUGUACAACAAGCAGGAAAAGCAGAGGAGGAGCUGUACUCGUCGUCCAGCCAGCUGAGGAAAAAGCAGGCAGAGGUUCGUGAGCCUUUUCUGUACGACACACACACCAACAUCCAGCGCCCUUCCCUCCCUCACAACCACCUCAUGAGAGAGGGCAGCACCAGCGAGAACCACAGGACAAAAGAAAAAAAAGUAAACAACAGCAAGUUCUACUCGUGAAGUCUCACCUGUUUACGUCCUUCCUGCUGGUUGGAGAAAUGCCGACAACAAAUUUAACAUCGCCUCUAUCUGCUUACUUGAGGAAUUGUGAUCUGUGCAGUUAAGAGUUUUUACAAAUAUGACGUGUUAUCAUUUUUCAUUUCCAUACCAAAAAUGGUUUUCUAUUUAUUUAUGAUAAGAAAUUAAUAUUUUUAAUAUUUUCACAAAUAUGGAAAUAUUUGGACAUGUUAAUGUAAUUCUCUAGGUGUUGUCUCUCUAAAAGCCUUCUGGGAAAUGUAGGAAACAUUAAACCGUGAAAUAGAAGCGAGGGAGGCCUGCUGAGGGAAGGUGAAUCGCCUCAAUAACACAUGAUAUGUGAAGUUAGAACAUUUCCUGUGAAGAGUCCCCACAGACAGCCAGUGUGUAGCGCUUAACAGUUCUGCAUUCAGUCUGUAAUCAAACUGCAUUUCAUUAGAGGUGGACAACACUGAUACUUAAUUUAUUUUCAAUUGAAGAAGAGUGUAACUGAAAUAAUAGUUUCACUGGGGUACAGCAGACUGUUCUUCUGCCAGGGAGCUUGAGUUGAAUUAAUCUAUUUUUGUGUCUAAUUUCAAAUCCUGAUGAGUGUAAAACGACUGUGUGGCACACAGGCUGCUGUGUGAGUGUUAUGACAUAGAAAAGCUGUUUCUGCUGCGUAGUUACACCAGUGUGACAUUGUUUUCUCUGCAUAGUAAUGUGUUUUUUCUUUGAAACUGAAGUCAUGUUAGUGAAAAUGGGGAAUGUAAUGACAAUAUGUCAUGUAUUUAAUUUGAAGACAGGUGAUGUUUAUAGCUUUCCUAUAAUUCCUCUGAGACCUUUUGACUCAAGUAAAUAAAGAAUGCUUGGUAAAAUACAA